AUGAGUGGUGCGACGAGUGCGACGCAGCGUCUUCAACCGAAGCGCCAGACUCUCGACGAAGCAUAUGCGCCACCAGCGAAUUUCCUGGAGAUUGAAGUGGUGAAUCCGAUUACUCACGGUGUGGGGAAAAUGCGCUACACAGACUACGAAAUUAGGCUAAGGUCAAAUUUGCCGGUAUUCAAACAAAAAGAGUCAAGUGUACGUCGUCGAUACAGCGAUUUCGACUGGCUUCGUGGUGAAUUGGAAAGAGAUAGUAAGAUUGUUGUUCCGCCGUUGCCAUCAAAGUCAUUGAAAAGGCAACUUCCCUUCCGCUCCGAUGACGGUAUCUUCGAGGAAGAAUUCAUUGAAAAUCGCAGAAAAGGCUUGGAGGUUUUCAUCAACAAGGUCGCGGGACAUCCAUUAGCCCAAAACGAGCGCUCGCUUCACAUUUUUCUUCAGGAGCCAAUGAUUGAUAGGAAUUACGUGCCAGGUAAAAUCAGGCCGGCAUAA